AUCACAGCACGUAUUAAUAAGCUUUGUUAUGGCCUUGAUUUAAACUUCGUUGAUCCAGUAGCUGUCACUCAAAAGGUCAUUUCCGGUGUUUAUCAAGGCGUUAGUACCGUCGAAUUGGACAAUUUAGCAGCGGAGACGGCAGCCUAUAUGACAACAAAGCAUCCUGAUUAUGCCAUUCUAGCUGCGCGUAUUGCAAUCUCUAAUCUUCAUAAAGAGACAAAGAAAGCUUUUUCUACAGUUAUUGAUGACCUUUAUAAUUAUGUAAAUCCAAAAACUGGAGCACGUGCUCCAAUGAUCUCUGAAACAACUUAUAAUAUCAUCAUGAAAAAUUCACAAAAACUUAAUUCUACUAUCAUUUAUGAUAGAGAUUAUAAGUAUAACUAUUUUGGUUUCAAGACGCUUGAAAGAUCUUAUCUUUUGCGAAUUGAUGGAAAAGUUGCUGAAAGGCCGCAACACAUGCUCAUGCGCGUGUCUGUUGGUAUUCAUGGAGAAGAUAUAGAUGCAGCAGUCGAAACUUACAAUUUAAUGUCUGAAAAAUAUUUUACUCAUGCAUCACCGACACUUUUUAAUGCUGGAACUCCACGACCUCAACUUUCAAGUUGUUUCCUUCUGACAAUGAAAGAUGAUUCCAUUGAAGGCAUCUAUGAUACGUUAAAGACGUGUGCCAUGAUCUCAAAAACAGCUGGUGGCAUUGGUUUGAAUAUACAUAAUAUUCGUUCCUCUGGAUCUUACAUUGCGGGAACUAAUGGUUAUUCAAAUGGUAUCAUUCCCAUGCUUCGUGUAUAUAAUAAUACUGCACGAUACGUUGAUCAAGGAGGGAAUAAACGUCCCGGUGCGUUUGCUGUCUAUUUGGAAACAUGGCAUCCAGAUGUUUUCGAUUUUUUGGAUUUAAAGAAGAAUACUGGUAAAGAGGAAGUACGAGCACGAGAUUUAUUUUAUGCACUUUGGAUUUCUGACUUAUUUAUGAGACGGGUUGAAUCUGAUGAUCUUUGGAGUCUUUUUGACCCAGCAGAGGCACCUGGACUUAUGGAUGUUUGGGGAGAUGAAUUUGAGAAAUUAUAUGAAGAUUAUGAACGUCAAGGCCUGGCACGUAAAGUCGUUAAAGCCCAAAAAGUAUGGUCUGCAAUAUUAGAAUCACAAAUCGAAACGGGUACACCGUAUAUGCUCUAUAAAGAUUCUUGCAAUCGCAAAUCUAACCAGCAGAACCUCGGAACGAUCAAAUGUAGCAAUUUAUGCACUGAGAUUAUCGAAUAUUCUAGCUGUGAUGAGGUAGCUGUGUGUAAUUUAGCAAGCAUAGCUUUACCAAU